UCCACUACGUAAUUAAAGCUGCGACAGUUGAGUGCAUGAAGUGUCCAACAUUCCACACUUUGUUUUUUUCCAUUAAUUUAGUGCAUCAUCCGGAUAUUUAAAGUGCACUUUUUCUUUCUGGAAUUUUCUGUGUGAACGCACUACUCGCACUAUUUGUACUUAAAGACGUCAUAGAAUAGUGCAUAAGUACGUGAAUUGGGAUGCACCUUGUAAGUUUUUAAUGCUUAUAUCUCCUAAAUGCGAAUUUUGUCAUUGAUUUGGAACACACCAUCAUAUUCAUAACCUUAAGGCUAACAUAUUCAUAGUAAAAGCUAAAAAACUUAAAUUUUGAUUUCAGGGGGACUUUAAGUCCUGACAUACAGUUGUGGUAAAUGGGAAAUUGGGUCAGGUGGGUGGCGUUAGCAAACGUGACUCAAGGUCUGCAAUUGAGCGAGCUAUUACUGUGACACAUUUCAACAGCGUAGGGGAAUGAAAAUGCGGUAAGUUUGAAUGUUUUAUACUGAAAGUGUUGUUGUGAACAUGAGAUUAUGAGUGGUGUUUUUAAAAACUGUUUUAGUUAAUUAUUUGCAGACGCACCAUUGUUUGAAGCCUUCUAUAUUUGUGACUGUGGAGACGCUAAUUGUUUAUUGAAAACGUCUUGUUUGAUGUGACCAGUAUGUGCGUCUGGUAGUUGGCCAUUUUGGGGAUGUUUGACUCUAAAUGAAUCGAUACAGUAAAGUGGUGUGAGAUUGCAUUAAGGAUACAGGGGGCAGUCCUCAUCCAUGUUACAGAACUCCUCCAUUUUCUCUCUCAGAUGAGACAGAUUUACCAACUUCAUCGAAAGAGACGAGAACAGAGAGUGAUUCUGGGUCUUGGAGUGAAGGUCUGUCUGCACUGAGAGCAGCUGUAGACUCUCUUCUGAUCAUCCUGAUCCCAGCAGCCUGUAAUACAGCUCAUACAGUAACACAGGGAAUAUUCACUGGAUCCUUCAAUAGAUCUAGACAGAUUGAACAGCUGAACUGAUCCUGAGCCAAAGAAACACUGGAUUCUGCCAUUUCACAGAUGAGAUGGACCAUAUCAGACCUAAUGAAUGAAAAGCAUCAAACAAGUGCUCAUAAUACAUGGGAACUCCUUCAACAUCCGUCUCCACCUCACCCCUAAUCCUCUCUAAACUGAAUUAAAUUUCUACUCCUGAAGUAAUAGCCUCAAACCCCUACUUGCCCACACGAGGAGGUUCUUCCUUGGGCUCAGGCGGCCGGUUCCGCUGCCCAUCCUGUAGGCAUGAAGUGGUUCUGGAUAGACACGGGGUGUAUGGCCUACAGAGGAACCUGCUGGUGGAGAACAUCAUAGAUAUGUACAAACAGGAAUCCAGCAGCAGCAGUAAGCCUGAGCCAGAUGUGAAGAAUGAUGAGUUGAUGUGUGAGGAGCAUCAGGAAGAGAAGAUUAAUAUAUACUGUGUGACCUGCUCCGUUCCCACUUGUUCCUUAUGUAAAGUGUUUGGGAGUCAUCAGUCCUGUGAGGUUGCUCCACUCAAAUCUGUCUACGAGACCCAGAAAACAGAGUUGUCUGAUGGCAUUGCUGUGUUGGUUGGCAACAAUGACAGAAUUCAGGGCAUUAUCAGUCAGCUAGAGGAAAGCUGCAGAUCUGUGGAGGAAAAUGGCCGUAGGCAGAAGUCUCGUGUAUGCGAGUGGUUUGAUCGUCUGUACGCUCUUUUGGAAGAGCGCAGAGGAGACCUCACACUAAAGAUCACUGCAGAACAGCAGGAGAAACUUGAUUACAUCAGUGGCCUACAGCGCAAGUACAGAGAGCACUUGGAUAACGCAGCCAAACUAGUGGAGACAGGAAUUCAGACAAUGGAGGAAUCUGAGAUGGCCAUCUUCCUGCAGAAUACAAAGCCUCUACUACAGAAGAUCGCAGAAGGCAGGAAUGUGUCUCAUUUAGAAAAGGUGGAGCGUGGAUAUGAGAAUAUGGAUCAUUUCACUGCAAACUUCCAGCCUGAACGAAGAGCAAUACUCAGUAUAGACUUUACCAGGGAUGGUGAUGACAAUGAAGAGGAUGAUGAUGAAGAAGAAUUAGCAGGUGCUGUUAUUCCUGAGACUCAAGCAUCUUCAAGGACAACACCCAUCCCACAGAGACUAACACCUGUACCGAACCCCCCACCAAUGACAGCAGACACCUCCCAAAUGUCAUCGAAACCCAACCAAUCAGUGAACAUCAACCCGGCAGAGAACACGCCCUUAUUUACGCCCGCUCCAGACUCCAGUCUCAACCCUUCUACAGAUGUGCCAGCUCAGGUAACUGCCGGUCCCAGCCAGACGUCUGAAGAUGGACCACGCCAUGUUUUCUCUUUUUCCUGGUUAAAUGUGCCAAAAUAAAAUCAGACUAAGCUGGUAAACCUGCAACAUCCCAGUGACUUUCCAGAAAAAACCUGUUGUACUUCAUAACUAAUAUUUUGUUACUUUGACAAUCAUAGACUACAUUAGCUAUGGUAAAAUAGCUUAAAAGGUAAAAACCACAACUGUUAAAUAUUAAAUGAUGAUAAUCUUUACUGCUGAAUAAAUACAAAAUAAAGGAUUAUUAAUAAGUGUAUAAA